GUCACUUCAAUAAGUUCUUCGAAACGUCACUUUAGAGCACUUGUUUCCAUUAGCUUGGCCGGAAUUUAAGUUCGACAGAAUCAUCUGAGUGAGAGGCCAACUUCACAUAAAGCCGAAGUCACUCUGAUCUGUAAGAGGUGUUGAAAAUGUUGGACCCCGAAACAUUCAUGAAGAAUAGUCCUUUCAAGGUUUGCAACGAUGUCUCCUACAAUCUUUCCAACACGACACCUGAGCUCUUAAAGUUUCAGCUUCAGGAACAGGUACGCUCUCAGCUCCAGCCACAACAUAUUCUAGAGUCUCUGUUUGCUGAAUCUUCAUUCAAUACCCACCUUCAAAACAUUAUUCAAGAAAACUCGUUAUUCUUUGAAGAAGACACCGAUGGAAACGAUGAAUUUCUGCAGGACAGUGAAGCAUCGGGUAGCUUAACCCCAAGGUCUGACUUGUCGGACUUGUCGAAAACUGUUGCCGACCUGAAAAUGUAUGACUACCCAAAUAUGAGAGUCUUGAUCGAGAACAGUGUGUUUGACGCUUCACAGAUAUCCUCCAAGUCCAUUCUCUCCUUAUCCACGUUGAAAGAUGUCAAGGAAAGCAUAGCGGAAAAAACAGAGCUCAAGAAGUACUUGGAGGAUAAAUGUCUGCUAUCGAAUCAAUUUUGUACAACGCUUCUUUCCGCUCCUGAAUCUUCGCGGUCGGAGUUGGACUCGCUGCUUUUACUCAAAGUAUUAAAGCAGAUCAGUGACCUUCAACUGCGCUUGAUCAAGACCUCGCAGGAGCUCGAUGAUCUUAAUCUUCAGCUCAACAACCACAACUUGGUGUGUCUUAUUUCCGGGUAUAUUGAGGACGUGAGAAUCUCAAAUAUGUCCCGUGGUAGCUCAUUCGACAUGUCAUCCCAAUCACCCAGACAUGAUGAUGUACAGUCUCUGCGUGCAUUUGAAGCUCUCUUCUCGCAUAUAGUGUCUCUUGCCGCACAGAAAAACGUAUCUUUACCGAUAUUUCCUUCGGAAUCAGAUACUGUCGCUUUACAAGAAAAGAUAUCAUGGGCAUCUGAGUGUAUCAAUGCUCUUGUGGCUGGUGCGUCUGCGCCAUCUUCUGCUGAUACAGAGGAGUUUGAGUUCACAGUGGUAGAUGAUGACUCACUUAUUAAAGAUCAUUCAUUCUUAUCGGCGACUCCUCAAAGUACUUACAAGAAAGCUACAGACCUGGAAAAGGUUUUGUCAGAGUACAAAAUAGCUUUGAACGAUUUGAGAUUUUCUCAGGAGUAUUUCACGAAAAAAUACAACUAUUUGAAAGAAAACUCGCUAAAGACGAUUCUGGAGUAUCGGAAGAAGAAGAUAUACCUAGAGAAAGAAUUAAGCCGGCUUCAAGGUCGCUCUUCAGUCCCGCCUGAAAAUAGCAAAGAUUCUUUCAAGUCAAAAUACACCUUAAAAUUGAAAGAUCAAGAAAUUUUAAGACUUCGGAAAGAAUUAAACAGCCUCAAAAUUGACGUGAUGGGCAAUAAGACUAUAGCCUCUUCUAGCGCUAUAAGUCCGUCUCUACUAUCCUCUUUGGAUAAUGAUCUACAGGAAGAUCACACACUCAGCUCCGCUGCCUCGCCCACUCGGCUGAAAAUGAUGAGCACUGCGAUUUUGAGAAAAGAGUUCAAAAAAAUUGUGGAGGAUAUACAAGAUCAAUAUGAAGUGGAAUUAGAAGAGGAGAGGGCUAGACUGCGCGGGAUGGAGUUACAAUUGCAGCAAAUGGGACACGAAAGAUAAACAGACCAUAUAUACUCUCAACUAAUGAUAUAAAUUUCCCAUUCUCAAG